ACCUUUUAGAUCUAUAGCUAGUUUGCUAAGUCAGCAAUUUUAAAGCCAUAUACAGAAGCUAGAACUAGAAGCAAGCCUCCAUUUCCAUCUGACUGACUGACUGUGUAAAGCAUGGCUGCUCCAAGGAGAAAGGUGUAUGUUGUUGGAGUUGGAAUGACCAAGUUUGAGAAGCCAGGGCGGAGGGAGGACUUUGACUAUCCUGAUAUGGCUAAAGAAGCUGUAACCAAGGCUCUCACUGAUGCUGGACUUCCCUAUACUGUCAUCCAGCAAGCAGCAGUCGGCUAUUGCUAUGGUGAUUCUGGGUGUGGUCAACGAUCCCUCUACCCAAUCGGAUUGACUGGAAUACCCAUCUACAAUGUGAACAACGCGUGUGCCACUGGGUCCACUGCACUGGUCCUGGCCAAGCAGCUCAUAGAGGGAGGCUCUGCAGACUGUGUCCUGGCACUAGGGUUUGAGAAGAUGGAUAGAGGCUCUCUCUCCUCUAAGUACACUGAUCGAGUAAACCCGGUACAAGACCAUGUGGGUGUGUUGGCUGAUCGCUAUGGCAUCUCCGGAGCACCUAUCACUCCUCAGAUGUUCGGCAGUGCAGGGAGAGAACACAUGGAGAAAUAUGGUACUACUGCUGAGCACUUUGCUAAGAUAGCUGAGAAGAACCACCGCCACUCAGCCAACAACCCAAACUCUCAGUUCAGAGAUGUUUAUACACUGGACCAGAUCAAGUCCUCCAGGAUGGUGUAUGAGCCUCUCACAAAGCUGCAGUGCUGUCCCACCUCUGACGGCAGUGCUGCUGCUGUAUUGUGCAGUGAAGAGUUUGUCAAGAGAAACAAUCUACAGAAGAAAGCUGUCCUCAUCGUUGCUAUGGAAAUGGCCACCGACCUACCCAGUACCUUCAAGGAAGGCAGCUGCAUGAAAAUGGUUGGCUAUGACAUGACUAAGAAAGCUGCUGCGGCAGUGUAUGCCAAGUCUGGCCACACCCCACAGGAAGUGGACGUGGUGGAACUACACGAUUGCUUCUCAGCCAACGAGCUCAUCACGUACGAGGGACUGGGGCUUUGUCCCGAAGGUAAAGCUGGUGAGAUGAUUGAUCGCGGUGAUAACACAUACGGAGGCAAGUACGUCAUCAACCCGAGUGGUGGGCUCAUCUCCAAGGGCCAUCCCCUUGGGGCCACUGGUCUGGCCCAAUGUGCAGAGCUGUGCUGGCAGCUCAGAGGAGAGGCCGACCUGAGACAGGUGCCCGGCGCUAAAUUGGGACUACAGCACAACCUCGGACUGGGAGGGGCCUGCGUGGUGUCACUAUAUAAACUCGGGUUCCCAUCAAGUGUGCCCAGUGUGAUGAGUGGACCACAGUGUGCACCACUAAUUGACCUCAUUGCAGAGGAGAUAUCGAAGAAUGGAGCCGAUCUUGUGAAGAAAGUGAAAGGCAUCUAUAUAUUCAAGAUCAAAACUUCCGAUGGUGCAGUGACAGAAUGGAAGAUAGACCUCAAGAAUGGCACGGGGUCAGUCACGAAGGGACCAGGUCAGAAGGGAAACUGUACUAUCACCAUGAAGGAUGAGGACUUUAUGGACAUGGCUAGUGGAAAGCUGAGUGGACAGAAGGCUUUUUUCGAAGGCAAGCUGAAGAUUGCUGGAAACACUGCUCUGGCUAUGAAGUUGCAGACUAUAAUAAAGCCACCAAAGUCUAAGCUGUAGGACUCUUUUGGUUUUCCCAUUUGUGAUUAGAAACAUUGUGAAAGUAUUUAUGAGUUAUUUUUACCCCUACAGUAAUUUUACAUUACAUGUACAUUG